UCACCCUCUUGGGUUGCCUACGGGCACUCGCCGAGGUAUUUAUAGGAGCGCCCCGGGCGAGCCAGCCCCCACACCGUCCUCCUCUGUUUCCCAGGGCAAAUACGUCGAGUCGAAACAACGCCAUUGCAAAAGCUGCGAGAGAGAGGGAGGUGGGGAGAGAGAGAGGAGGCCAAGGGAAUUGAGGAGCGAGUGAGGGAGGUUAGUGCUGGAGUGGGGGCGUAGGCUGGCGAUCGCGGGAGCGAUGACGACGGCGGCGGGCGUGCCGGGGUCGCCGGUAGGCGCCGCUGCCGCGCCGGCGCCGGAGGUGGCGGCGAGGGACGCGGUGAUCGGGUGGUUCCGCGGCGAGUUCGCGGCGGCGAACGCGAUGAUCGACGCGCUGUGCGGGCACCUGGCGCAGAUCGGCGGCGGGGCCGAGUACGAGCCCGUGUUCGCCGCGCUCCACCGCCGCCGCCUCAACUGGUUCCCCGUCCUCCACAUGCAGAAGUUCUACCCCGUCGCCGACGUCGCCGCCGAGCUCCGCCGCGUCGCGGACGCUCGCGCCGCCGGGUCCGUCUGCUGCUACUCCGAGGAGGAAGCCGCGUCCACGGUUAUCCACGAGCACAUGGACGAGCUCGCCGCCCUUCCUGCCGAGCCCGAGCCGGAGCACGACCAGGAUCCCGUGACACAGGAUCCGGCACCGGCCGAGGAGCCUGACAGCGCCGUCAACCACGCCGUGGACCACGAGCUGGACGCGGAGGUAGGUUCCUCCGGAGAUUCGUCGGAGCAGAAGGCUGCCUCCACGGAAGAUGACGCCGUCGCGGACGGACCAGAUCAUACUGAUCAAGGAUCUCAAGGGGAACACAGCCUACCAGAGAGCUAUCCCAUCUGCUCUGACCACGAGGAGUGCAUUGCCCGUCCUGAGAGGAUCAAGAUCCAGAAAGGUUUCAUGGCGAAGGAGUCCGUGAAGGGGCACAUGGUUAACGUUGUGAAAGGCUUGAAGAUAUAUGAAGAUGUGUUUACAACAUCAGAGAUCAUGAAAGUUGCAGAUUUCAUUAAUGAAAUCCGUCAGGCUGGCAGAAAUGGAGAACUUUCAGGUGAGACCUUCAUAUUCUUCAACAAGCAGGUCAAAGGAAACAAGAGGGAGAUCAUUCAGCUAGGCGUCCCAUUAUUUCAACCUACUACAGAGGAAGCUAAUUGUCACAUAGAACCGAUCCCCCUUGUCCUGCAGGCUGUCAUUGACCACCUUGUUCUUUGGCGUUUAAUACCAGAAAGCAGGAAGCCAAACAGUGUCUUCAUCAACUUCUUCGAUGAGGAUGAACACUCGCAACCCUACUUCAAGCCUCCCCAUCUGGACAACCCCAUUUCCACUCUUCUCCUGUCUGAGACUACAAUGGCAUUUGGCAGGUCACUUGUCACUGACAGCAACGGCAACUACAAGGGACCUCUCACACUAUCGCUUAAACAAGGGUCUCUCCUAGUUAUGCGAGGGAACAGUGCGGACAUGGCGCGCCACGUAGUGUGCCCGUCGUCCAACCGCCGCGUGAGCAUCACGUUCGCGAGGGUGAGGCCGUCCACGCCGGUGGACCUCAGCCCGCUCCCGUCGCCCACCAAGGCCAUGACGCCCUGGCAGCCGCAGCCGGCCCCCGCGGCGCACGUGGGCAUGGCGCAGAAACCCCCCGGCAGCGGUGCCAUCGUCGGCUACGCCCCUGCGCCGCAGGCCGUGCUCGCGCCGGCGGCGUGGGGCAUGGCCGUGCGCGCUCCCGUCAUGAUGGUGGCCGCGGCGCCCGCGAGGCCCAUGGUGAUGGCCUCCUUCGGCGCCGGCGCCGGCGGCAACAUCAGCAAGCGGAUGGGCCGCAGCGGCACCGGCGUGUUCCUUCCGUGGACGGUCGGGCCGAAGCGGUACAACAAGCAUCUCCCGCCGCGCAUCCAGAAGCGCCGGUUCUCGGCGAUGAUGUCGCCAACCAUCGAGGCGCAGGGCUGACGGCCCGACCCUCGCCGUCGAACCGAACGGCCAAUUAGGAGCCAUUGUUCUUAGGCUUUCAUGGAGUGUUUUUCCAUCUUCCGAGGCAAAAAAAAGAAGAAAAAUCGAAACGCGCGGAGUUUGAUCGUGUUGGACGUCCCUCCUUUGUAUUUGGUGACCGGUGUGGUGUUUUCUCGUGGGCUUUGGUCUGCCUGUAAUUUAGCUGGGUUUGUGGCCGUGUGAGUGAGUAGCAGUCAGAAGCGGUAGAAGAGUAUGGGUAGGGAUAGCUGAGGUCAGAAUCAGGACAGGGUUUCCCUUUUUGUUUUCUUCUCUUUUUCUCCCUUUUCGUUCCGAGAAGAACUGGAUGGAUGUUGCCAUGCAUGCAUGUCCUGCUGAGUUUGCAGUUCUAUAUAGGUAAAACAUGCCUCUUGUGUUGCACA